AAAUGCAAUACUAGGAAGAAAGAGAGGUGAGAAGGUCAAUUCAAUUUAGAAACUGGAACCACGACUUCCGUUUUACUAAACCACUGAAAUCCACGCCUUCUGGAGAAGCCCUUAUCCCAUCUUCCCAUUCUUCUUCUUCCUCGUUCAUCCAGUGCCGUUUUUCAGUACUCCCAGAAACCCGAACAUUUCCCCUUAGCUGAAACGUUUCUGACAAAAAUGUCAGCUUCUCCUUUAUCGGUGGGCUUUGCCAAGGCCACUGGCGUUGCAACUCCAUCAUUGAACCCUUCAUCUUCUUCAAUUGAAAACUCUUCAAUUGCCACCAGUAUUCAGUUCCCAUUCAAAGCAACGAAACCCAUAAAUUUUUCCCAGUUUAAUCUACAUUCUGACCUUGUAAAGUCUGCUCCUUUUACGCUUUUAUCUCGUUCUUUGCUCAUUCGUGCUUCCGCUGCUUUUGAUGGGUUUGACGCCGUAAACAUUACAGAACUACUUGACAAAGAAUCAGGAUCCGAAGACGAAGAACAACUGGAGGAAGACGAGGAAGAAGAAUUAGAAGAAGAAGAAGAAGAAGAAGAAGAAGGGAAGGAAAACUAUAGGGCUUCUGCGUUUCAGUCCGCGGAAGCUCGAAGGUUAUACGUGGGGAACUUGCCUUUCUCAAUGACCUCUUCCCAAUUAGCCGAUAUCUUCUCAGAAUGUGGUCGUGUUGCUUCUGUCGAGAUUGUUUAUGAUAGAGUGACGGAUAGGAGUCGUGGAUUUGCAUUUGUUACAAUGGGGAGCUAUGAUGAUGCAAAGGAGGCCAUUCGUCUGUUUGAUGGAUCUCAAGUCGGAGGCAGAACGGUGAAGAUAAACUUUCCUGAAGUGCCAAGAGGCGGUGAACGGGAAGUCAUGGAGCCAAAGAUCAAAAGCAGCUACCAAGCUUUUGUAGAUAGUCCUCAUAAGCUCUAUGCAGGAAACUUGUCCUGGGGCCUGACUUCUCAAGGUCUUAAAGAAGUUUUCCAAGAUCAGCCAGGAUUUUUGAGUGCCAAGGUUGUCUAUGAUAGGGGUACUGGAAGAUCUCGGGGUUUUGGGUUUAUAACUUUUGCUUCUGCUGAAGAUGCCGACUCGGCCCUUGAUGCCAUGAAUGGAGUGGUAUGUUAAACUUUUUAUCUAGUCAUUUUUACACAAUUUCAUGUUUGCUUAUUGGUUCAUCUGCUAUUACAUUAUAUUACCGAGUAAAUUACUUCUUCGGCCUCUUCCUGUUUAAAUUCUGCAGGAGUUGGAAGGGCGUCCUUUAAGAUUGAAUUUGGCACUGCAGAGAUCAUCACCAUCUACCUGAUUUUGAGUCAGAGAGCUAAAAGAAGUGAAAUUAUGAGUACCUAAAAGGUUUCGAAAAGGAUGAAAAGUAGUAAUAUUAUGUAGCGAUAUUAAUCUCAAUUCUCCGAGGAGAAGUACGAGGCUAAGAGAACUCUUCAGGGCGGCAUUUUCUACAAUCACUGUAAUAUUUAGUGAUGUUUGAUUAUACGACCAAUGGAAACUUCCGCGUUAGAUUGACACCCUUAAGUUCUCUGUAUUUUCUUUGGGUUUAUGAUGGUAAUUAAUUAAUUGUCGAGCAAAAACAGCCAGAGUAUUAUGAAAUUUUUCGGUUAAGCAGUUUUCGUUUCAGU